AUGGACUACUGUUGUCUAUGGAUUAAAGAACCAAAGCUAUUUGUGGAUUCAUUAUCAACUGCUUCUGAGUAUCUGAGGAACAAUGCAAGCGAAUCAAAGAAGGUCAUAGACUACAAAGAUUGGCAAAUAGCACUAAGCAGAAGAUUCAGGGCCAUCAAAAUUUGGGUGGUGAUUCGAAGGCAUGGCUUAGACAACCUCAUGUUCCAUAUACGCAGUGAUGUAAACUUGGCCAAGCGAUUUGAGACACAUGUAGCCAAAGAUCCCAGAUUUGAGGUUAUGGUGCCGAGAAGGUUUGCACUGGUGUGCUUCAGACUGAGGCCCAAAGAAGAAGGGGAGGGCACAGAGCUGAACUUAAGGCUACUAAUGGCUGUCAAUGGAAGUGGAGGUGCAUUCAUGACUCAUGCAGUGGUGGGUGGGAUUUAUAUCAUACGCUGUGCAAUUGGGUCCACGUUGACUGAGACUAGGCAUGUUAAUAGUCUAUGGAAGCUCAUUCAGGAAAAGGCUCAACUCGUACUAAAGGAGUCUGGUUUGGCAUUGGAGGAAUACCAGUAG